UUUUACUGUGAACUGUCAAUAUGCUUGAAGACUAUCUUUUGAAACACCACACGAAAGACUUGGAGGACAUUUUAAAUGCUACAGAGGACCAUUUAUUCUAUUCAAUAUACGUAAAUUUUGUGUCAUUAUUUGAAGCUGAUGCAGAGAAUGCACAGAAAAUCUUACGCAAUCCUAGACAUUAUUUACCACUAUGUGACGAGGCAGCAGUAAAAGCUCAGGAACAAUUAUGUAAACCUGAUAAUGAGCAAAUAGUAAAGAUGAGAGUUCAUAUUCGAGUUACUGCAGUACCAAUAAAAAUGGAUAUAGGUCAAAUCGGUGAGCUAGUUUCGACAUCUGGAAUUGUAGUACGCAUGUCUCAACCCACAAUUAUGAAAAUGAAAAAACGUUUCAUCUGUAGAAAAUGCAAACAUAUUAAUGUAGUCAAACUAGAAUGGGAAAAACAAACAUUUAGGAAUAUCAAACAAUGUCAAUCAUGUCGUUCUCAAAAUUUGACUGCUUCAACGUCUUUAGAACAAGAGGAUUGCUCUGAUUACCAAGAAAUGAAGAUUCGGGACCAAUGCAAAACAGAUGCAAGGAAUUAUUAUUCAGUGGGUCUGGAAGUAGUAUUAUUAGAUGAUCUUGUUGACAAAUGUAGACCUGGAGAUAAUGUAGAUAUCAGUGGAGUAGUUAUACGAAAAUGGGGUAAAUUAAAGGUUGGUCAACGCGCAGAAGCUACGACAUUUCUGAUGGCAAAUAGCAUUUCUAUACGCAGGAAAAUCUCAGAAGCAACAUUCUCUACAACAGAAAUAAAAGAUACAUUUACAGCAUAUUGGGAACAUUAUAGAAAUAAUGCAUUAUCUGGCAGAGACAAUAUUCUCGCCUCUAUUUGUCCACAAUUAUAUGGGAUGUAUAUCGCGAAAUUAGCGUUAGCUGUUGUUAUGUGUGGUGGUGUGGCAAAAACUAAUGAAACAGGAACGCGUAUAAGAGGUGAGCCUCAUCUUCUUCUAGUUGGGGAUCCUGGCACCGGCAAAUCGCAAUUACUUCGUAUUGCUUCUCGAUUGACUACACGAUCUGUCUUUACAACCGGCGUUGGAAGUACUGCCGCUGGACUUACAGCAGCUGCUGUCAGAGAUUCGGACGGUUGGCAUUUAGAGGCAGGGGCUUUAGUGCUUGCAGACGGAGGUGUGUGUUGUGUGGAUGAGUUCACGACAAUGAGUUCUCAUGAUAGAACCUCUGUACACGAAGCAAUGGAACAGCAAACAAUCUCCAUCGCCAAAGCCGGCAUGGUGAGCACAUUAAACAGCCGCUGUUCCGUUAUUGCAGCUAUCAAUCCGGACGGUGGAUGUUUUACGGGCGAUGAAUGGAAGACCUGCUUAGGAAAUCCUCUUUUGUCGCGCUUCGAUCUGAUUCUUCUUUUGAAAGACACUAGAAAUCCCGAAUGGGAUAAGUUGGCGUCGAGUCACAUUUUGAAAGCUGCCUGUGAAGACGAAGAAAAUAAUUCAUAUUCUGAAACAUUUAUGGGUCCUUUAAAUUUAACGGGCUUGUGGUCAGAAGAGACUCUCUGCGAAUAUUUCACACACGUACAUACAUUAAAACCAGUACUAACCGAAGAGGCACAGAAGAUACUCAGUGCAACUUAUCUUCAUCAUAGAUCAGACCCACAAAGAAGGCCUGAGAGAACAACAGUGCGACUUUUAGAUAGUCUUAUCAGAAUGGAUGUAAGCUCGUUGGUACCGGCGGGACUUCAAGGAGGGCAAACGGAUGCUUGUCAGGUUCAGGCGGGAUACAAUAAACUUUCGGAAAAUUUGCGAAAAUUUACACCACAGGCUAUACAGUGUGCUAUUUUUUGCGGCGGAUCCAGAUGCAAGUAUGAAAAUCCAAAAGCCUGGCCGGCUAUUCACAUGGCAAUACAGAAUAUCUUUUCGCAUUGGGUAACUGAUGAUGUCCUUGCGAUGGCACGACCCAAUACCACACAGAUAAUAAAAAAAGAUAUAAUUGCCCAAUUUCAAGGGUGGAAUAUAAAAACCAUAAUAAAUCUGCAAACACCAGGCGAACACGCAAGUUGCGGUGGUCCGCUAGAAGAGAGCGGUUUUACAUAUGAUCCCAACAUUUUUAUGAAAAAUGAUAUUUAUUAUUAUAAUUUCGCCCUAAAGGAUUAUGGUAGCGCCACGGUGGGGAAACUUUUGGACAUGGUCAAGGUUGUGGCCUUUUCCGUGCAAGAAGGAAGAGUGGCCAUUCACUGUCAUGCCGGUCUCGGCAGAACCGGUGUUCUGAUAGCGUGCUACCUUAUUUACAGUCUUCGUGUAAGGGCGAACGAUGCUAUUAGAUUUGUCCGCAUAAAGCGUCCCUCCGCCAUACAAACGCGCGGACAAAUAAUUUGUAUUCAGGAAUUCGAGCACUUUGUGCUUCCGCAAUUGAUAGUAUUUCCUUUGCACAGUACAACGGGGGAUCGCAAACCCUAUAGCCUUCAAUCGUACCUGAAAAAACAAUAUAACAUGCUACACGGAUAUGAACAGCGCACCUUCAAGCAUAUUCCAAAAAUUGUUUUUAUUAUUUGCGAGCGGAUACUACAGCUCUGCGAUUGUCAGGAAGAUAAUUCGACUUCCGAGAUUGCAUAUACGAUUUCCAACGUGCCUUUUACUCAAAAGUUCAUUUGUCACGUCUUGGAGAAAUUUCGUGACAAGGGUAAUAUGCGACACUCCUAUUCGUGGGCGGAAUCCCUUACGGAUUCUUAUGAAUACUCAACUUCCACAAAAGUGUGCAGUAGUAGUCAAGAUUCGUCCCGAGAUACCUGUGAUGAUAUAGGAAGAUUGAGUGACGUAUUUUGUAUGUCACCAGAUACUCCUUCCUGUGACUCCACAUUUCCAGGUCUGGACGACAGUUGCGUGGAUGAUGUCUUAGGUGAUGGCAUUCACGAUCAGGAUCUGCUUGAUAAUGACUGUUACAAAGAGAUUCAGUCGCACAUCGACUUGAGAAGCGUCUCUCGUAAUGAUUAUGAAACAGUAACAGCCGAAGAAGCUAUCAAAGCGCUCAUCAAAGAUAGUGUUUCACUUCCUAUAAAGAAACGUUUGCAGAAUUAUCAGAGUGACUUAAAUCAUCGAUGUACUGCUUGGCAGCGAUUAGAAUUGGAAACUAAUUUGGAGUUAUUAUCAGCAUUAUUGUUCGAAUGGUUGGAAAAUCUUAAGCAUCCUCUUCUUGACGUUGACAGCCUCAGUUACAUUGUCGUGUGGAGUUCAAAGCCACAGCGAUGCCUUGAAAAGCUAUCUGUUUGUACAAGAUACUUAUUAGAAUAUCUUUUGCGGUUCGUUACUCGCUUAAGACCUGUGACAGCUGAAAGCCAGAGUUUAAUUACCAAAAGGCUAAUGGCGGCACUGACGCAGCAAACAAUUUGGAUCAAAAAUUAUUUUCAUCCCCCACAUAAACAUUUCCAGAAAUUGCGACGCGGUACUGCUGGUAAGCUCAAUGAAUUCUUCAUUCGCCUGAUGAAUUUGAUAGAAGAAGUUAACACUCAAGGAUUAGACAAGCCUCCAUGGGCGUCGAAAUGGGAAUUAUUAUCUAAUCACUUGCGGGAUAUAGAUAGUCAGAAAAAUAAUGGAUAAUUGUGAUAAAUUUACAGUUUAGCAUUCCGACGAAUUUUUU